AUGAAACGCUUCGGACUCAAGAGCCUGUGGAAAGCCGUGAUUGGGGCAGGACAGGCUGCUGGUGGGCCUCCUCCUCCUCCUGUUGCUAUGGGAACACCUGGUACCGGCACCGGUACCGACUACAACCCCUCCACUGGUCAAUAUAGCCACACCUCAACCUCCACCUCCACCUCCACCUCCACUGGGCUGGACACCACAGAGCUCCCCCAGAGUGUGAUCUCCUCCCUGCCCAGCAUGGUGGCCCCUGUGGUGGGUCGCAGCGUAGGUGGUGGUGGUGGUGGUGGUGGUGGUGGUCCUGGCGGGGGUGGGGAGUCCCAGGUGUCGGACAUGCACAAGACUGGCGCCACGCUGCUGUUCUCGGGCAUCUUCCUAGCGCUGGUGGGCAUGACGUUCACGGCCAUGGGCUGGAUCAACUACGACGUGAGCCACGCGUUCGAGUGGACGCAGCUGCUGGGGCCCGUCCUGCUGUCGGUGGGGGGCACGUUCGUCCUCAUCAGCAUCUGCAAGUUCCGCAUGCUCUCCUGCAAGAACUGCAAGCAGCAGCGGGAAGACUGCGGAGAGGGUGGCACAGGAGGAGGUGGCAGGCCGGACGACUCGCCCGAGCUGCCACUCCACCACCACCUCGGCCAGUCGUUUGUCUUCUCGGGCAUCAACCAGCCUAUCACGUUCCACCGUGCCACGGUGGUGCAGUACAUCCCGCCCCCCUACGCGUCUGUCACGCAGGAUCUCGGAGCGGGCGAUGCUCAGACCGCCCAGCUGGCUGCCAACAGCCCGCCACAGUACUACAGCGUGUGCCAACUGGAGUGCCCUGCCCAGACAGUGCCCGGUGCCGUUGACAGCCGACGGGCGAGCAACGUCAGCAUGGCACCCAGUGUGCCCGGCAGUGAAAGCCGACGGGCAAGUAAUGUCAGCAUGGCGCCCAGUCUGCUCUCGAGCAGACGGGCAAGCAGCGACAGCCUGGCAUUCACUGUGCCCACCACCCGGCGGGCAAGCAGGAUCCCAGUGCUGCAGGAGUUGGAGGAAGAAAAGAAGGACACGAACGAAGACAGCGUUUUCCCACCUGCUUACGAAGACCUUUUCCCAGAUCUACCAAGUUCCAGCAAUAUUUGAAACUCGUGUUUUGUAAAUAAAAAGUGUAUUUAAUACAUCACAAGUUAACCAGCGCAGCGGCCACUCCAAGUUUUGUUUACGUGCAUGUUGUGCAUCAGCGGUACCCAGCCUAGAAGUGCCGUGCGUAAUUAUAAACCACGCUUGAAGAACACCAUGCCGAGCGGACUAUGCCCGUUUCCCCAUCACUUUGAACUUCGACCCACUUCCGUUAGCUAGCUCAAGGUUUGUAAAUAGUGCUUAAAAAGUCCCGCCCCAAAAACACUGUGAUGUGUAGGCUAUUUAAAAUUUUGACUGACUAAGGUAUUCUAUUAAUUGGUGACAAGUAUUCUAUGUGUGGUCCAAGCACUGCUCCUCGGGGCAAAGUAAAAUACCUGUCUGUAUUGGGUGGGGAUGUUUCUCCAUUCAAAAGAUGCUCUGAAGGAUAUGCUUUGUUUUCAUUCAGACACAACGGAUACAAAUGCUAGCAUACUCAUAUAGCCUAUUUAUUCAUUCACGACACUGAAAAACACAGAGCUCUCACUUAGACUAAAUCCCUGCAACAACGAGACCGAAUAGUCUAGAUGACGCAUUAAACUUGUAGGCCUAAAAUAAACUAUAAUA